AUGUACCGGCGGUUUUUGCUGCUGCUAAAAGCCAAAAAGCCCCCUGCUGUAAGCCUUUUAUUUUGUAGUGAGUUCAUCCGUACGUCGUGCAGCGCCACCACGUUCCCUAAGCUGUGCUACAACUCCCUCUCCGCCCACGCCACCAAAAUCCAGACCAGCGCCAAGCUCCUCGCCUCCACCGCCCUCGACGUCACCCUAGCGUCAGCGAAGUCCACCACCGCCGCCAUGUUCAACCUCCAGCAGUCCCACGGCGGCAUCAGCCCCCGCGACUCCGCGGCGAUGCGCGACUGCGUGGAGGAGCUCGGGGACUCCGUCGACCAGAUCCGACAGUCCAUCGACGAGAUGCAUGCCUCCAAGGGCGGCGCGGAUUUCGAGAUGAUGAUCAGCGACGUCCAGACGUGGGUCAGCGCGGCGCUGACCGACGAGACCACGUGCAACGACGGGUUUGCCGGGAAGGGCACGGCGGCCGACGGGGAGAUGAAGACGGUGGUGAGAGGGAAGAUUGAGACGAUUGGUCAGCUCACCAGCAACGCCUUGGCUCUCGUCAACGCCUAUGCUACUCUCCAUCACUAG